AUGGUUGCUCCUACCGCUGUGAAAAAAGAGGUUUCCGAGCCAGUCGAGGCUCCUACACAGGUCGAAAAUAUAGAGGAAGAUACAGACACGAUACUUAUCGACGCCGACGCGCCAGAAACAGAGGACAAGCCAUCCAGAACGCCCGAAGCAGGCCUCGUCUUGGACGAGUCCGGAAAACCCAAGUUCCAGUCACAGGCCGCAUCCAAUAUGAAGGUCAAACUGGAGUCGCGGAAGGUGGCGGUGCCCCCACACAGAAUGUCGCCGCUCAAGAACGCGUGGCCCAAAAUAUACCCUCCGCUAGUGGAUCAUCUCAAGCUACAGGUGCGGAUGAACCUGAAAACCAAGAACGUGGAACUGCGUACGUGUUCCAAGACUACAGAUCCGGGCGCUCUCCAAAAGGGAGCCGAUUUCAUCAAAGCGUUUACCCUGGGAUUCGACAUAGACGAUGCCAUCGCUCUUCUGCGGCUGGACGACCUGUACAUCGAGUCGUUCGAAAUUAAGGACGUCAAAACGCUCCAGGGCGACCAUCUGUCGCGUGCGAUUGGCCGUAUUGCCGGAAAGGACGGCAAGACUAAGUUUGCGAUCGAGAACGCGACUCGGACGCGGAUUGUGCUUGCGGACUCGAAGAUCCACAUUCUGGGCGGGUUCACGCACAUCAGAAUGGCGCGGGAGGCGGUGAUGAGCCUGAUUCUGGGCAGCCCGCCGGGCAAGGUGUACGGAAACCUGCGUACGGUGGCUUCGAGACUCAAGGAGCGGUAUUGA